GUAGCCUUUGGUGAUCCGCCGGGUAUGUUUGAAACGAAAACGAAAAGAACUGACUUGUACUCUGAUGUCUUGGAAUUGUUUUGCUUUGAGUUGAUACAUUGUAACAAUUUGUAACGCUUUUCCGUGCCAACGGAAUCGUCUGCGAUUGUAACGCGUGAUUCUGUCAGUGUUCUACAAAGGAAUUAGCUGGAUCAAACAGUUGUUUAACUUUAUGCCAGUUCAAAACUCUUUCUGCGUUGGGAUUGCUUUUCUCUAGGCAUGGACGUGUCGGUGUAUUUUUGUAUUUUGUGGCUGUACACGUGUAUUGUGUAUGGAAAACCCACUAUUAGAAAAGAAAGGGUUCACCAUGAACCUAUAUUGAGCAGACAACCCCACGAAGAUAACCAGAGCUAUCAGUACGAUCAUGAGGCCUUUCUGGGCAAAGAGGAGGCCACCACAUUUGAUCAACUCACCCCAGAGGAAAGCAAAGCCAGAUUAGGGAAAAUAGUUGAUCGUAUUGACAGCAAUGUUGAUGGAUAUAUUGCUAUGGAUGAACUCAAGGCCUGGAUCAAGAGAGUACAGAAGCGUUACGUCUACGAGAACGUUGCAAAGGUCUGGUCUGACUACGACCUGAACAAAGACAACAAGAUCUCAUGGGAAGAAUAUAAGCAAGCAACCUACGGUUACUAUCUAGCCAAUCCAGAAGAGUUUGAAGAUGCAACUGACCAAUUCAGCUUUAAGAAGAUGCUUCCACGAGAUGAGCGCAGGUUUAAGGCUGCAGAUCUAAACAGCGACUUAGCCGCAGAGCGAGAGGAGUUUACUGCUUUCCUCCACCCAGAGGAGUUUGAUCACAUGAAGGAUAUUGUGGUCCUUGAAACUCUGGAGGACAUUGACAAGAAUGGAGAUGGUCACGUAGAUGAGGAUGAAUACAUUGCAGACAUGUUUGCUCACGAAGAUGGCGGUCCAGAACCAGACUGGGUAAGGACUGAGCGAGAUCAGUUUUCAGAUUUUAGAGAUCUGAAUAAAGAUGGGAAGAUGGACCUAGAGGAGAUUCGCCACUGGAUCCUCCCACAGGACUAUGACCAUGCACAGGCAGAGGCCAGGCAUUUGGUGUAUGAGUCAGACACAGACAAGGACCAGAUGCUUACCAAAGAAGAAAUUCUUGAGAACUGGAACAUGUUUGUAGGCAGCCAGGCCACAAACUAUGGUGAAGACCUCACCAGGAACCAUGAUGAGCUAUGAAUCCAAUAAAAGGUGUGGGACUCUACUGGACAUUGUGGCCUAAUGGGAACGCAGGCAUCCUGACCUGAAUCUCUAUGGCAUCCAUUCCCUCCUUUUGGAAAAACAAAAACAGAAGCCAUGACACUGAUUCACAUACUGACUGAUCUAUUGCAGCUCUACCUCACAGAACGGACAUAGGAAUUAUUGCCAUUGAGAGUCUGAAAUAUAGAUGGCUAUGGUCCCAAGUGCAAACUUAGGAUUUUCACCUAUACUCUAUGAUCCUUUUGUGGGUGGCCAAGAGACUAUUCUUGUCUUGACUGAAUGAGCUGCUACAGAUUACUUUAGCUUAAGCUGAGCCUUUUAACUUGUACAUUUUCACUUUUUUAAAACAUUCAUAGGUUGAAGCUUGUACAAGUUGUUCCUGUUUUUUUCUGGUGUCAGUAUAUUGGAACAAUCACGAGAUACUAAUUCUAUUUAUUUAGAAAUUUAAUUUUAAUACUAUAAUGCUUUUAUUACAGCAAGUCAGUGUUGUUAUACAGUUAUUAGAUGUGUAUAUAUGUGUAAUUGCACUACACUGUACAUACAUCUACACUAUAGGUAAUCAUAUACGUUUUCUGAUGUUCCCAGUGCUGGACUGUAAUGAUUCUUAUUUGUUUUCACCGUACAUGUUCUUGAAACACAACUGCCUCAGAUGCUGCUUUUAAUGAACUUUAUGUCUUUUGACUUUUGCAUGUGUAGUUUAUUUUUGUCUAAUAUCUGAUAAAACUCCAAAAGAAAGGUUGCAUUUGGUUGUUGUUUUAUGUAAGAUGUUUUACCACUCAUUCAAGUAGUUUCAUCACUUGGCUAAUGGUGAGAAAUCCUUGGCAUCUCUUUUCAAAAUCUAUUAAUUCCUGUACUUUUGUACAUUGCCAAAAUAUGGAUCUGUUUGUCUUCACAAGGGUUUUGAUCUUAACCCUGGUGUCAGUCCUUUAUCUGAACCAAUUCUACUAGUGCCCCUUAAAAGUUCUUAUGUAUUGUCGUAACUGAGAAACCUAGUCACUUUAAAGAUGUCUUUAUUAAAUUGAUAACCUAGUCCUAGACAAGAUGUUCCACUGUGACCCAGAUGAUAAAAACCUUCUUAGUCUUCAUUUUUAUGUACUAAUACAGUAUAAUGUUAAAUUAUACUAUACUUUUUCAUUAAGGUCUUGUUGUUUUAUCUUAUCCACAGAGGAUUGCAUGAAUUCAUUUAUCUUCCUUGUUAAUUGCAAGCUUUUUCCAUUUUGAAAUGCUUUUUUUUUUAAUAUUAUUAUUAUUAUUAUUAUUAUUAUUUUAAUGGCACCAUCUUGUGAUAAACCUGCUGGAGAAAGAGGAAGGAGGUAAAAUGUGGAUGUUUGAUUGUCUGCCAACAAAACGCAAUAAAAUCUUUUCAUUAGAGCCAAAAUGUACUUCUUUGUGUUACU